AUGACUGCACUUUCCUCAGUGUUCAAGUUGAUGAAAACAACAGAUGUGUCAACAAAAGAGCAGUUAAGUAUAAUUGUCCGAUUAGACAGUGGCAGUGAUAUUCUUGAAAGAUUUUUAAAAUUUGUUGAUGUAAGUACUGAUAGAAUUGCUGCCACUUUAGCUGGGGUUAUUAAAGGUAUUUUAGAUCAGUAUACUGGUAUUACUAACAACAAAUUAAUUAUGCAAACAUACGAUGGUGCUUCAGUCAUGUCCGGUCAUAUUGGUGGUGUUCAGACACUAAUGCGUCAACAGUAUCCUUUUGCUUACUUUG